CUUGCUUACCUUUUUUUUCGUUGCAGUGAAGCUUCACCCAAAGAUAUACAGUAAACGAUGGGAACCCGAACCUUCUGAGACGACGUCAGACGAGCUACCAACUCAACAGACCCAGAUUCUUCGACUCGACGACCACCAUCCUCAGAUCGUUAUUUUGUAGAUUGUAGCCAUCCAGUGGCUGAUAUUUCGACAGAAGAAACGCACUUGAACAGUAACUCUAUCGAAAAGCGAAUUAGAAGCAGUCUUCGUAAAUAUUGUCAUCAUUCUCACAACGCUAGUCUCCGCCCAGAAGCACAAGCCGGUCAAUCAGGAGACAGUCUGUGACCCCAGAAGUCGUCCAGUCAGCGACUGCCUCCUCAGGUAGCUACGCCACGCCCAACAUCAUAACCCAGCAAAUAGGAAGAUAGAAGGCGUCCAAUCAGAAACUGCGUCCUCAGAAAGACCAACCCCAUUCCCUUCCCGCGACGCUGACAAACCCAUCGCAAUAGGUCUGAGGUUUUGAGGUUUGAGUAAAGAGAAACACAUAGACACAAAAUCACAAAAUUACGACCAUUUAGUUUCUGGGGCAGAAAGAAGGGCAAAUAGACAGACAGACAGGGGGAAAAAACAAGGGGAGUCAAUAAGUAGGACUUGAAAGUGACACACUCCAAAUAUCAACAAACUGAGGUGAGAGGUCAAAGAUAGUCGACUGAGUAAAACGAUCAAAGAGUCAAAGAUCCCCAAAGAUCACCAAGUUUAAAAGUCAAAGGGUCAACAAGUUUAAAGGUCAACAGCCCGUUGCGUGGUAUUCGUGUGACGUCAGCAUGCGGGUAUAAUGACCGUUCCUCAGGGCGAUAGCAGAGGUUCCCAGAGCGUUAGCGAGCGUCGCAAAGUCACCUUCGCCAGCGACACCUGCAGCAGCGCUUGUGCAGACGACGAGGUCGCCUCAUCCGCCGAGCAAUCAUCUGCCACGUCAUCCUCAUCCACAUCCACAUUCACACCUACCACGACAGACACCAACACAGCAACGACAGCAACAACAGCAACGAGUGCGUCAACACAAGCUGCAGCUGCAGCCUCAAGUACACGUGUCACCACUACCACCAGCAGCAGCACCAGCACCAGCAACAACAACAACAACAACAACACUGCAACAAGAAGAGACGCCCUCGAAAACGCAGCGGACCCCUCCGCUUCCUCUUCGUCAUCCGUCUUUGCUGCGGUGGAGGAGGAGGAGAGAGAUCCGAACCCCUCCCCUUGGUGCCUCGGGGCCGACACGCACGCCACGCAACAUCACGACAUUUACUGUGGCAGCAGCAGCAAUAGCCUUAGCAAUAACAACAACAACAACAACAGCAACCACUUGCGCUUCCAAGACGCGGAGGAAGAAGAGGAGAGCUUUAGGGUCCAGGGGGUGACGAGAGGUGAAAGAGGAAGAGGUGGAGGAGGAGGAGCCGGAGGAAGAGGAGAGGCAGGAGGAGGAGGUGUUGGUGGUGGUGAUGGCCUUCCAGGGGGAAAGGUCAAGGUCGUAUUUGCCCAGAAGCAGGGUGACCUUUCGACAAGGUCAGAGCUCCCGCUGUUGAACGUGCCCACUGGACAUCAGAGGAGUGUGUCGCCGGACAGGUCCCGUAAGCUAUCAUUGAACUUGCCGCCAUCUUCAUCCACGUCAUCGUCAUCAUCCUCAUCACAACGCCAGGCCCCGCCCAGCGUCACAAGCCAGCGAAUCAGGAGACAGUCCGUGCCCCAGAAGUCAUCCUAUCAGCGCCUUCCCCAGGAAGACCCCUCCCCCUGCGCCCUAUCGCCCACCUCUCCCGACGCUGCCAUUUUCACCGUUCAUGCGUCACAUGACAUAGACUCAAAUUUUCCGCGCCUUGCAGUUCAUAGGGCGGAGGUCCACGCUUCAUUCAACCGCAGCCAUCACGACAGAGAAAGUGGAGGUGGAGGAGGAGGAGGAGGAAUUGAUUACGACGACGAAAACGACAAAGACAACAACGACGACGACGACGACAACGACGAAGAUAAAAAAUACUACAACAGGAGGAAAAUUCCCCCGAAAAAAGAACCACUCUCCCCUGUGCCUUUCCUUGUGGCGAGAGGGUUCACAGGCGGUUCGUCGUCUCAAGACUCUGGGAAAAAUAAUAAAGGCAGUUGUGGAAAAAAACAAAAAACUUUCUUCGGAAAGCAGCAAGCUUUAUCUCCGUCGAAUUCCAACUCUUCGAAAUCGCUGGACGAUCUUCGAAUAUCCCAAAGGGGCGGAGCUAGAAGAGUGAAUAAAGCCAGUUCAUCCAACCGGAGCGCCUCCUCAGAGGACCUCUCCAGCGCCAGAGGGGUCAGAGGUCAGCUGUCAAGUGCGGGGGGUGGGGGCCGCCGAAAUCUGGGGGAUCCCCACCCGUCUCCCGGCUCACCGUCUCGCUGUUGCUUGGUGUCUGUGUCCAGGGUGCCAAUGGCGGCCGCUACAAGUCAUCUCACUCUUGACUCAGAGUAUCAGAGUAAGAAAUUAAUUAUAAAUAAAUUUGAAUAUAUCGUUUUAAACACUUCUUGUCCCAUCCAGGUCCGCAUUAUCGACUGCCCCUACAUCCCGUACUUCCCUGUGAACUCGCUGUAUGAGUGGACAGAUUUCCGGGGCUAUGGUCUACGGAACGCCACGGCGUACCUGCUCGUCUACGAUAUUACUUCUGAGGAGAGCUUUGAGGUUGGUGCUUUCGUUGCUGUUGUUGUUGUUGUUAUUGUUGUUAUUUUGUUGUUUUUUUUUUUUAAAGUGUUUUUGUUCUUUUUCUUUCAUCAGGUGGCCAACUUGGUGAAGAAGCAGUGGAAGUGCGGCUAUAUCGAGUGCUCAGCCAAGUACAACUGGCACAUUAUGCUGCUGUUUAAAGAACUCAUGAAGACCGUGGACUACAUAGACUACGGCCACAAACCUACCAGCAUGCGCGUACAAGACGCUUUGCGAAGGAACAGAUGUCUCAUAUUGUGACCUUUGUGUUGAGGGCAACGACCUUUUGGGGACUGGAGGUCAGGGUCAAGGACUUUGUCGGCCGAAGUCUAAUGUCACGCUAGUCCUUCGUGGGCUGGAGGUCAGGGUUAAGGAUUCAGAGAGCGAGGUCAAAGGUCUGGCCCAGUCGUGCUGGGACACGAGGUCAAUGUGAAGGACUCUGAAAACGAGUCCUGUCAUAAUCCAUAGUAGACUGAGAUUACUGAAAAAAAGAUUAUGUUGCAAGACUGAUUUAAAGUCUCACGGCAGCAGGAUCUCGAGAUAACGGCUAUGUUUCGCCUGGAGAUAAAAUUAUACUGUCGAACGUGUGCAAGACAAAGGAGAAAAACGGGGUUGUCAUUGACAAGUGAACAUUUUGGACAGUAUCUUUGUAAGACAGACAAAAGGCAAGAGGGGAAGUGUUUUUAUUUGAAUUACUAAGAGUUGCACGGUACUUGCAACA